AGCAGGGAGGCGGGAGGACCCAGGUGGGGGGGUGGUGAGGCAGUCCGGUCCCACCCAGUUUAGGGAUUGCCCCUGCCUUCUCCCCCUCCCCCUUUCACCUGGCCUUAAAGGGCCCGGCCCCUGGCCGGCGGCUACUUAAGGCUGAGGGACGGCGGCAGCAGAGACCCGCAGCUGCUUUGCGACCGUUCUGGGAGGAGUGGACCAGGAAAAAAAAAAUCCUGACCAUGACCGCCCCCAGGCUGCUGUCACGGCCGCCGCUCCUGCUGCUGCUGGCUUUGCUGCUGGCCGCCCGCGCAGCAGGGGCUUCGGCGCGGUGCCGGGGCUGCGGGCAGGGGGCGCAGGCGGCUUGUCCCGAGGGCUGCGUGGAGGAGGACGGGGCGCCUCCGGCCGAGCGCUGUACGGAAGCCCGGAGCUGCCCCCGGAGAGAAGGGCAGCCUUGCGGGGUCUACACCCCUGCCUGCGCCCCUGGACUGCAGUGCUUGCCGCCCAAGGAGGAGGCGCCGCUGCGGGCGCUGCUGCAGGGCCGGGGCAGCUGCCGCCCAGCUCGCGCGCCCUCGGAAGAGAGCCCCAAGGACAGUAAGCCCCAAGCAGGGGCCACCCGACCCCAAGAUGUGAACCGCAAAGACCAGCAGCGCCAUUCAGGGAGCUCUGCCGCCCGGACCAAUGCUGGGGGUAUCCAGGACAGCGAGAUGGGCCCGUGCCGGCGACACCUGGACACAGUCUUGCAGCAACUGCAGACUGAGAUCUUCCGAGGCACUCAACCCCUCUAUGUGCCUAACUGUGACCAUCGCGGCUUCUACCGGAAGCGGCAGUGUCGCUCCUCCCAAGGACAGCGCCGAGGCCCCUGCUGGUGCGUGGAUCGCAUGGGCCAGCCCCUGACCGGCUCUCCAGAUGGCAGCGGAAGUGUCUCUUGCCCCAGCGGGAGCAGUAGCGGCUAAAACUGGACUGGGGAAGGGCGGGAGGGGGGACUGUGGGGGUGGCAGCUGCAGGGCCUGUGA